AAAAGGAAAUAUUCAAAACCCUCCAACCCUUCUUAGCAUCUUCUUCGCCACAUUUCCCUCCCUACCAUUCUUUCAGACCACCAUUAGGGCACCCCCUGAGGGCUAAAAGAGAGACGAGCACCAGGUUAAACAUGGCGCGUCGUCUCUUUGCAUGUUUUGGGAGGGGAUCAUCUUCAUCAAAAAAUGAAGUCCAUGCACAUGGAAAAACCAAUGGAACGGUAAUUGAAGCGCCAGCAUCAUCAUCAGCUGAAGGGCCAAUCCUAGUGGAGUUGUUCUCUUCACAGGGAUGUGCUACGUCACCGGCGGCGGAGCUGCUUUUGUCCAGGCUAGGGAGAGGGGAUUUUCAGCUGGAUGCACCGGUGAUUGUGUUGGCUUAUCAUGUUGAUUACUGGGAUUACAUGGGGUGGAAAGACCCUUAUGGAUCAAGCCAAUGGACUGUGAGACAAAAGGCUUAUGUAGAGGCCUUGAGACUUGACACCAUGUUUACUCCACAGGUUGUGGUUCAAGGCAGGGCUCAGUGUGUGCCUAAUGAUGAAGAUGCUUUGCUAUCCACCAUUGCUGGUGCUCCCAGGUUUCCUGCUCCAACGUUCCAGGCAAAUUUCCAAAGGCCUACAUCAGAAACCUUGCAAGUGAACCUAACAGGAGCUUUGAGGUCUAAGGUGGACAACGAUGGUGUCAAUGUCAUGGUGGCGUUAUACGAGAACGGAUUGGUGAAUGACUGCCCUCAAGGAGAGAACAAAGGGAAAGUCCUAUCCAAUGAUUUUGUGGUUAGGAAGCUUGAGAAGCUCUGCACUGUCAAAGACAUCUCUGCUAAGAAGACAGUCUCAGGGACUGUUACUUUUUCUCUAUGGGAUGGUUUCAAUAGCAACAAAUGUGCUAUUGCUGUCUUCGUUCAAAACAGCUCCCACCAAAUUUUCGGUUCACAGAACUUUCAACUGCCAGAUGAUAUGUGAAAAAUAUUGAAUUAAUGAAGUAUUGUGUUCUGGCUACAACUUUUAGGCAAUUAUGUACAGGAUGUGUUGUGUUUAGGUAUUGAUUUCAUUUCUUUUACUUUUGUUUUCCAUUUCUUAUUUCCUGGUUUUAUGUUUUAGGAUAUGGAGAGAAACAUUUGCAUUCAUUAUAUAACACCUUUGUUCAUUAUAUUAUUGAACUAUUUGAGUCAUUACUUUCGAAUGCUAAAUGCAAAAACAAAGAGCAGUUCUUUCUUUGUAA